GGGCAUCAUUUGUUCUUGUUCAACAUCGAUAAAUAAAAGGAAUGAAAUAAUUGUUAAGCGUUGUAAGAGUAGUGAAUCGGACAAUAGAAUGACGUCUAAUUUUGCCCGAAUGGCCCGAACACAGACGCGCGUAUGUAAUUGUAGCGUACAACCGUACACCUCUCCGGCAUCACCACCGAUGCAUUGGCACUGCGCUUGCACGCAAAUUGCGAAUUGCGACGAGACGAAUUGGCGCCGCUCCCUUGAACGAAGCCCCACCAACGGCAUUGCACGCGCGAUCUCCGAACCGUUCCGAAUGCAACGGCAACGGCUGCGCGAAUGAUCACAAUAAUAGCACGCUGAAUCGCGCUUAAUGGAUCUCGAUCGAAGACAAGAAGGCGAUAACAGCUGCGAGUGCUGCGACAACUAGAAUGGCUGGUCCGUCAUCCGACCAGAAUAAUAUUGCCCAGAAGACAUGGGAGUUGUCAAACUGCAUCGAAACUAUCAGCACCAUGGACGAGAUUUAUAGAUACGACAGGAAGGAACAACAAGAUAUAUUAACUGCCAAACCAUGGGAGAAAGAUCCCCAUUUCUUCAAGGACAUAAAAAUAUCUGCAUUAGCUCUGUUAAAAAUGGUUAUGCAUGCACGAUCUGGUGGGACGCUAGAAGUGAUGGGCCUCCUACUUGGUAAAGUAGCAGCGAACACGAUGAUUGUAAUGGAUUCCUUUGCAUUGCCAGUCGAAGGGACCGAAACUAGAGUAAAUGCUCAAGCUCAAGCCUACGAGUACAUGACAGCAUACAUAGAAGCGGCUAAACAAGUUGGUAGAUUAGAGAAUGCGAUCGGAUGGUAUCACAGUCAUCCUGGAUAUGGCUGCUGGUUGUCUGGUAUUGACGUAUCAACCCAGAUGCUCAAUCAAAAUUUCCAAGAACCAUUUGUUGCAAUUGUCAUCGAUCCCGUGAGAACUAUCUCUGCUGGCAAAGUUUGCCUUGGUGCAUUCAGAACCUAUCCUAAAGGAUAUAAACCCGCUAAUGAAGAACCAUCAGAAUACCAGACGAUACCACUGAACAAAAUCGAAGACUUCGGUGUCCAUUGUAAACAAUAUUACUCCUUGGAGGUGUCCUACUUCAAGUCUGCAUUGGAUAGACGAUUGCUCGACUCAUUAUGGAAUAAAUACUGGGUGAACACUUUGAGCUCUUCUAGCCUAUUGACAAAUGCGGAUUACACCACCGGCCAAAUAUUCGAUUUGUCGGAUAAAUUAGAACACUCGGAAUCAGCUUUGGGUAGAGGAUUUGUUUUAGGCGGCACGGAUCCUCAUGAUCGCAGUACAGUGGAAAAACUCAUAAAAGCGACCAGGGACAGUUGUAAAACUACCAUCGAAGUUAUUCAUGGUUUAAUGGCGCAAAUUAUCAAGGACCGUCUGUUUAAUCACGUCGGCAGUAACGCGUCUUGUGAUCCUCAGCAAAAAUAAUAAUAUUCAGCAUAAUGUGUGAUAAUAAAUCUGCUAUGUAUUUGUAAUAAAGAUAUGUAUCCUCGUUUAAAGUCGAGAUCUCUAAAACGAUUACUUUGCAAUUUCAUCAGAAUUUCUUCAUCAUUUCCGCUCGAGCAACUUGUUUAAGAUGGAGAGGAUUAAAAUUAUACA